UGACCUUCGCGAGUAUUGACAAGACGCGUGCUGCUGUUUACAAACUAGACAAGGAAUCGAUUAUAUCGAUGAAGUUCUGACCCUAUCAGGUCAGAUUGUGCAAUCUACUCUGUCAUGGCACAAGCGAAACUCGACGUGCCGGAGAAAUCUGGUGGAGGUAUCAAAGAAAAGGACAAGGAUUCCGAGGAAAAGGAAGGUCCUACUGUCGUACCAGAAUGUGCAGUAUGCCUGCAACCUUGCAUUCAUCCAGCGCGAUUACCCUGCAGUCAUAUAUACUGCUAUUUGUGUGUGAAGGGUGUUGCUAAUCAGAGCAAACGAUGUCCAAUGUGUCGUCAAGAGAUUCCGCCAGAUUUUCUUGAGAGACCUCAGUUGGUGGAAGUGGAGGAGCCUCAGAAGGAGUUGGAACAUCCCGAGGAAGAAUACCAAUGGUUUUACGAAGGCCGAAAUGGUUGGUGGCAAUAUGAUCAGCGUACAAGUAUCGAAUUAGAAACGGCAUAUAAACAGGGUAAAAGGACCUGCGAGUUGUUGAUUGCAGGAUUUCUUUACAUUGCCGACUUUGGUUCGAUGCUCCAAUUACGUAGAAAUGAUCCUUCUAGACGAAGGAGAAUCAAAAGAGAUCUAUAUAAUGUUCCAAGAAAAGGAGUCGCUGGAUUACGGCUCAACGUACAGGACGAAGAGAUCGUCAGAGAAAUAAGAGGUGCAGAACGACCAGCUAGUCCUGCAAGUGAUAGUAUGGGUACAGGAGACGGCACAAAUACUCCUAUACCACCUAGUAAUACGCCACAGACACCUGCAGGUGGGACAGCGAGUGGUGAUGCUACUCCUCUAAACGAUAGAGUAGAUCAGAGGUCGGAUUCCUUGCAUCAAGUCCUAGAACAAAUGCGCUCUUUAGUUUUAAGAGAGCAUCUGUCCUUAAACAGCGAUAAUGAAUUUGAAGAAGAUACGGAAGACACGUCGAUUUCGGAUCAUCCCACUCUUUCAUAGCUACAAACAUCGAAUUUAUAUUUAUCAGAGACCGUCGCAAUCUUAUUUCAGAAUAUCCAAUUCAUUUCCAUACUUUUUGUAUUGCUACUCAGCUCAAUAAGAUAGUAUUCUAUACACACACGCGCGCGCACACACAUAUUUGUAAGUGUAUCAACAAGAUUGACAAACGUUACUUAUCAGUUACUUUAGCGUUACUUUCUAUAGUAAACAAUUUAAUGACGAUGUUGCAAUUUUUUAUGACGAUAACGCUAACUAACUAAACGCUAAGGUUGUGCUAAGAUUAGAAAAGUCACUUUGAAAAAUAAUUUAUCAUCAUUACGCGUUACUUACUAAAAAAAAAGUAAUAAGUAAUGAGCAAUGCGUAACGUUAUUUGUUACAAGUAAAAAAGUAACAUGUUACAAAUUAAAAGGAAAAAGGAGUUAUUUUUUUCAAUAACGAAUAACUUUUCAAUCCGUUACAAGUAAUGUUUGAUUUUUUGUACUCUGAUGUUACCAUUACCGUCAUAAAAAAUUCACAAUGUCAUUAUCAAAUCGUUGUUAUAACGAUAUAAGGUAACGAUCAACAAAGUAACGCGUUACUGCCAAUCCUGUAUAUCAAUAUUUAAAUUUUAUUGAUCUAGCAAAUUACAUUGCUCAAUUAUGUAUGGAAAUUGAUAUACCUACAAUUAAGUAUAUUUCGAAUUAGAUAGCUAUCUUUAUUUAGUAAGUACGCUCUUCUCUCCCUGCUCUUAAAAACUGUUUAAUUACAAUUAUAAUAAGACGAGAAAAGUAUCAAUUAAGUUGUCAUUGAAAAUAGUAAGAGUUUGCGAAGUGCGGAUUUACAAUUUACAAAAUAAUCACUUGUUGAUGAAUAAUGUACUUAAAAGUCUAACUAUGAGAAUUACUGUGUUGGAUAGCAGUAAUAUAAAUUUAUUGCUGUGACAACAAUUAGUCGUAUAAAAUAAGAUAAAUAUAC